GAAAAAGCAAUAAAAAUAUUCUAGGGAUGAAAAUAAAGAAAGAAAAAUUUUAGGGAGAAAAGGGGGACAAUGAAACAUGGGUCCGUUUUGAACAAAUUUGUGAAAUAGGAGUAUUUAUCGAGAAAUUGUCUCAUGUAGGAGUAAAACUUAGGAGAAAUUCUUAAAUAGGAGUAUGUAUGUUUUCUUCCCCAAAUAGGACCAUAUUACUCCUAUUCAAAACAUACGGACUUUUCAAUUUCAUUCUUACCCAUAUUACAUUUAAUUCAUGGUCGAUCCACUAUUCCGCUCACUGCCUUCUCUCUGCUUCCUACGAACCAUCCUCACCCCUUCUCCAUGGAUUAGUUUCUUCUUCCCUGCAAAGAUCCGCCUUCUUCUUCUUCUCUGCAAAUCAGACUGGUCCACUGCACGCUGCCUACAAAUCAGAUUUUGACAGAUUUGUGACGGAUGUGGCGGCACUCGCAGGCGAAGUGGUGGUCUAGGAAUUUACAGUGGCGGCAGUUUCGAUGCAAGGUAGUUACGAUAACCAGAGUUACGGCGAUCGAUGGUGAAUCCGGUGUGCGCGGUGAUGGUUGAUAACACCUGCGGCCUGAGGGGGAGGGGCGGCGCUGGAGGGGAUGUGCCAGCAGUCUGCAGGAGAUGGCUGAGAGAAGCUCUUCAGUGCAAAUUGCCUUUCCAUUUACGAUUUGGUGCAAACCGCCUUUCGCCCCACUAUAUUAGUUUCUUUCCAUAAUUAGUUUAGGG